AAGGAAAAAGAGAAGAAAAAAAAGCGAAGUCAGUCCAACCCGGUCCGAUAAUUCUGAAACAAAAACCUCUGAAAAACCCUAAUCCACAUCGUCGUCACCUGCAACGCGCCUUUCACUCGAAAACUCCCAGCAUCAAUGGCGAAAAGAAAACGCAAUCCCCAAAACGACAGCGUAAAUGAGAAGAAGGAACAAGAAAAAGCGGUUGUUGCAGGAGAAGUAGAAGAAGAACAGGAUGACGACGAGCGGAGCUUCGAAGAAUUGGGCCUCGACGCCCGCCUAGUUCGUGCCUUAUCGAAGAAAUCAAUCGAGAAGCCCUCUCCAAUCCAGCGCGUUGCUAUCCCUCUCAUUCUCGAAGGCAAAGAUGUGGUGGCUCGAGCGAAAACCGGCUCCGGUAAAACAUUAGCUUAUCUGCUCCCGCUGCUUCAGAAACUGUUUGCUGAUUCGCCGUCAAAAUUGAAUCUUGCUCCCGCCGUGAUUAUUCUUGUUCCAACUCGAGAGCUGUGCCAACAGGUUUAUUCGGAAGUGACGUCACUGAUUGAGUCAUGCAGAGUGCAACUAAAAGUAGUUCAGCUGCGGAGCACGAUGUCUGAUUCUGACUUGAAAACGUCUUUGGCUGGGCUUCCUGAUAUUGUUGUAUCAACACCUGCUUGUGUACAAACAUGCUUGAAAAAUGGUAUUCUUCAAGCUAAAGCUCUUCAAGAAUCACUUUCAGUUCUUGUCCUUGAUGAGGCAGAUCUUCUGUUGUCAUAUGGAUAUGAGGACGAUAUAAAAGCACUUACAGCUUAUGUUCCAAAGCGCUGCCAGUGCCUUCUCAUGUCUGCUACUUCAAGUGCUGAUGUUGAAAAGCUGAAAAAGCUUAUUCUACAUAAUCCAUACAUUCUAACACUACCAGAGGUGGGAGAUGUAAAGGAUGAUAUCAUUCCCAGAAAUGUUCAGCAAUUUUAUAUUUCAUGUAGUGCUCGUGACAAGCUUGUCCAUAUCCUUGCUCUCUUAAAACUGGAGCUGAUUCAAAAGAAAGUGCUGAUUUUUGUUAAUUCUAUUGACACGAGUUUUAGACUGAAGCUUUUCUUCGAACAGUUUGGAAUUAAAUCUGCAGUUUUAAAUGCUGAGCUGCCUCAGAACUCUCGUCUACAUAUUCUUGAGGAGUUCAAUGCCGGUCUGUUUGAUUACCUUGUUGCUACUGACGACAGUCAAUCAGCAGAAGAGCAGAAUGAUAAGGAAAAUCAUGCUUCUAAAAAAAAAUCUAAAAAACACUCCAAGAAGAAGUUGGAUGCAGAAUUCGGUGUAGUAAGAGGAAUAGACUUCAAAAAUGUGUACACGGUGGUGAACUAUGACAUGCCUCAAACUGCAGCUGGAUAUGUGCAUCGGAUUGGACGUACUGGAAGAGCAUAUAAUACUGGUGCAUCUGUCUCUUUAGUUUGUCCUGAGGAGAUGGAAAUUUUUGAUGAGAUUAAAUCUAUUUUGGGUGAAAAUGAUACGGAGGACUCAAAAUAUAUUGCUCCAUUCCCGUUGCUUAGUAAAAAUGCUGUGGACUCCUUACGCUACAGAGCCGAGGAUGUUGCGAGGAGUAUAACAAAAAUUGCAGUGAGAGAAUCACGCGCACAGGAUCUAAGAAAUGAAAUUCUUAAUUCUCAGAAGUUGAAGGCUCAUUUUCAAGAUAACCCAAACGACUUAGAUCUGUUGAAACAUGACAAAGUUCUGAGCAAAAAGGAACCUGCAGUGCACCUUCGUGAUGUGCCUGAGUACUUACUGGACGCAACAACAAAAGAAGCUAGCAAGAUUGUAAAGCUUGCUAGAGCUGCCAUGGGAAAUACUGGUUCGACUCGUCGCAAAGGGUUCAAAGGAAAAUUCAAAAAAAGCAGAGAUCCCUUGAAAACAUUCUCUGCUGAGGCACCAAAGCGGGGACAUAAAGGUGGAACGAAGAGGAAAGGUAAAAACCAGGAUGACGGACACUAACACCAGAAAACAGUAUUAACUUAUAGUUAAAGUGGAUGUUAUUAAUCUUGAGGAUCAUGAGGUGAGAUUAAAAAGCUGCACCACAAGGACCAGGGAAUAGCAGCUGUGACAACAUUCCUUUACAGAUUUAAGAUGGUAGAUGAAUUUUUUUCAGAGACUUUGUUAUUGAGCUCGACUCGAACCUCAGCCCAGAAACCACUCAACCAAAAAUGAGAAAGAAAAAAUGUACACACACAUUGAUUCUGAAUAGUGGUAGUCUGGUAGAUAUUGAAAAAUCUGUUAUGUGAUGUGGGAAAAGUGUAGUUGGCUGUCAAAUCGUUAGAAAGUUCCUCUAUAUUCAUGUUGGAGGAGAUAGUUACAGGGCACUGGAAAUUUUGGUAGAUUGUAGUAGAUUAUAUGCAAGCUACAGGAUUGAUAUAUUCAAGAAUUGUAUAUUGUUUCCGUUAAAUUAAUUACUUGCUGAUAUUGUUGGUCA